UACAGCAGCUGGCCAGAGUUCCUUUUAUUCACUCCCUCGGGAUAUCUGCCUUGAAGUUCUCUUUGAGACAGGCAGCCCUUUCUCCCUGUGACCCCUUCUGGUUGGACUUGGAAUUCCGCGUUUAUUCUGUAAGCUGCAUCCCACAACCAAACACACCAGGGUCUAGACAUUUCUUGGCCCUCCUUGUUCCUGUCUUCCAGCCUCAGAAAUGGCCUUUUUCGUUUGGAAAUGAGCUUAGAGCAAAACUUUCCGUAGCUGUCUGGUGGCUGAAAGUGUUGUCUGCGGCUGCUGGGUGACCAAAGCAUCCGAGUAGCUAGCCUCACCCUGUGCGGGUAGGAAAAGGGGGCGGAGAGGAGAAAGACAAGGAAGGGGCGGAGGUCAUUGAGCCCUCCACCCCGCGGAGGCUGGGAGCAUCGCUAGGUGCCUUGGAGUCCAGGGCACAGUUGGACCAGGAGGUCCUGCGGGUGAUCUAGGGCGCAGAGGCGACAGAGGAAGUUCUGAGCCGUGGAACCUGAGGUUGCCGCUGCCGCUGCGUGGGGCUGAGUGCGCCAAGGCAAGCAGGGCGCAGAGCUCUUCUGCUCCGGACACAGCCACUUGGUGGCCCAGGAUGCCAAGAUGUCUGCACUUCGAGACUGCACAGUGGUGACAGAGAGAUGACCUGAGGGGACAGCUUCUAUCUCCACAACAAUGUCCAUGAACAGUUCCAAACAGCCAGUGUUUCCCGCAGCUGGACUCGUCGCAAACACAACCUGCCAAACGCAAAACCGGCUUUCAGUAUUUUUUUCAAUAAUCUUCAUGACAGUGGGAAUCUUGUCUAACAGCCUGGCCAUUGCCAUUCUCAUGAAGGCGUAUCAGAGAUUUAGACAGAAGUCGAAGGCCUCCUUUCUGCUCCUGGCUAGUGGCCUGGUGAUCACAGACUUUUUUGGCCAUCUCAUCAAUGGAGGGAUAGCUGUCUUUGUAUACGCUUCUGAUAAAGACUGGAUCCGCUUCGAUCAAUCAAACAUCCUGUGCAGUGUUUUUGGAAUCUCUAUGGUGUUUUCUGGUUUGUGCCCACUUUUUCUAGGCAGUGCGAUGGCCAUUGAGCGGUGUAUCGGAGUCACCAACCCAAUAUUCCAUUCUACGAAAAUCACAUCUACACAUGUGAAGAUGAUAUUGAGUGGGGUGUGCAUGUUCGCUGUUUUCGUGGCUCUGCUGCCUAUCCUCGGACACCGAGACUAUCGAAUCCAAGCGUCCAGAACCUGGUGCUUCUACAACACAGAGCACAUUGAGGACUGGGAAGACCGGUUUUAUCUCUUGUUCUUUUCUUUCCUGGGCCUCUUAGCUCUUGGUGUUUCGUUCUUGUGCAAUGCCAUCACAGGAGUCACACUCUUAAGGGUGAAGUUUAAAAGUCAGCAGCAUAGACAAGGCAGAUCUCACCACUUCGAGAUGGUCAUUCAGCUCCUGGCCAUAAUGUGCGUCUCCUGCAUCUGCUGGAGUCCCUUUCUGGUAACAAUGGCCAACAUUGCAAUAAAUGGAAACAAUUCCCCAGUGACCUGUGAAACGACACUCUUUGCUCUCCGAAUGGCAACGUGGAAUCAGAUCUUGGACCCCUGGGUCUAUAUUCUGCUCCGGAAGGCUGUCCUUAAGAACUUGUAUAAGCUUGCCAGUCAUUGCUGUGGAGUGCACAUCAUCAGUCUGCACAUCUGGGAGCUUAGCUCCAUCAAGAAUUCCUUAAAGGUUGCUGCUAUUUCUGAGUCACCAGCUGCGGAGAAGGAGAGUCAGCAAGCAUCUAGUGAAGCAGGACUGUAGGUCAAUGGGGGGCUAGAAUAAAAUGGGGGGAAGUUUUGGAAACAUCUCAACUGAUCAGAUUCAUAGCCUAACUGGAACAUUUGGACCUUGGUGUGUAGCUUGGGAGUACACUGGACAGAUGAAGCUUCCGAAUUUCGUUAUGCUGGCUGGUGCAUGGUUGUGCAUUUUUACUUGUUGUUGUCAACAGGAGGUAAACUGAUUCAAUGUGAUGGAGUUCAGUGGAACACAACUUUUGAGUUUAGCUGUGUGACUUGUGUUUUUGGAAUAAAUGAAUCUGUUGAAGCCCAA